AUGUCCUGUCUAAGCUAUACCACAGUUGUCCUCCAUUUGGGCCGAGUGCUCGUCAACUACACCACCAAAAACACCGUCGGCUUAUCGUCAAGCCAAAUUGCCAGCGCUCUGGACUCACCUGGCUGGCAUGACUAUGAACGAGGCAAAAUCUCUGAGCGAGAGGCUUACGACAGAGUUACGAGAGACUCCAAGAUCGAUUUGGAGACCUGGAUACAGGUCUUGGAGCAAAUGAGAUAUGGUAAGAGGGCAAACCAGGCCCUCAUAUCCGCCGUCAAGGAAAUGAAGCAGACUUACCCCAAUGUCAAGAUCUUUUGUCUUUCAAAUAUCCCGAGGCCUGAACUUGAGCUUCUGAAAGAUGACAUUGACAGUUGGGGUAUCAUCGAUCAGGUUUUUGCAUCUUCAAACCUGGGAGAGCGAAAGCCAGACCUGGCUAUUUACAAGGAGUUCUUGAAGCAAGCUCAGGUGUCCACAUCAUCGUGCAUCUUUGUUGAUGACAAGGUUGACAAUGUCAUUGCGGCUCAGACAUUGGGAUUCAAAGGAAUUGUCUUCAAGGAUAACCAGUCACUGAUCAGAGUACUUCACAACGCACUGGGCGACCCUGUUCUCCGGGCCAAAAGGUUCCUCAAUCAGAAUGCAAAGAACAUGUUCUGCACACUUAGUACAGGGCAGAUGCAGCCUGAUAAUUACUCACAGCUAAUAAUUCUGCAAAAUACGGGAGAUCAGGACUUGGUAGUACUGGAAAACGAGCGGUAUACUUGGAACUACUUUCAGGGAAAACCAACGUUUGCAGGGACGACAUACCCUGACGAUUCAGACACGACAUCUCUAGCCAUGACAAUCUUGGAGGGUAUCCCAAUGGCUGACAAGGUGCGAGCGAGAGAUAAGAUCCUCUCGAACUUGAGUCCUGGUGGAUUGCCAUACUGCUGGUUCAGCAAGACGAGACCUCGAUUCUGUCACUGUAUCUGCGCCACUGUUUUCCGCUUCUUUGUCAUCAACGAGUGGCAAUUUAAGCUUCCCGGAGUCUACGAGUUCCUUUGUCAGCUCCUCGAAACAAGGGCCUAUCUCCACGGCAGUCGUUACUACGAAAGCCCAGAUUGGCUGCUUUACAUUCUGUCUGAUCUUUGCGCUCGUCGACCUUCAGAUCCAAACCUUGAGAAGAUGCGAGAACUACUUGUCGGAUGUAUACAAGAGCGCAUGGGCUGUAAUGGUAACAUUCUCAGUGCUGCUAUGAGAGUUUUGAGUGCCCAGUCUCUAGGUUUGACAAAUGGCAGAGAUCUUGAGAUUGUGCUUGAAGCUCAACAGCUCGAUGGUGGGUGGGAAUUGGCAUGGCUGUGGGGUUACGGUACGAAACCGCUCAAGAUUGGGAGCCGAGGCGUUGUCACGGCUAUGGCCAUGAAUGCGAUUCGGCGUGCACGGGCCUAA